UGGCUCAGCCACAGUUUCCCCAACCCCAACCACAAGCAGCUCCUCUGUUGCGCAGUGCCCAUCUCCCAAGACCCCAAAGCCUAACUCGACACCUCUCCAACCGCCUAUCAAGACGUCCCUAAACCCGCCCAGCACGUAAUGUGUUCAAGUUCGGUUCGGUUCACAGAACGUCAAGGCAAUUCCGCCCACAGUCCUUCUCCCCCAUUCCAACCUUCUCUCUCUCACAUGUUGCUUAGUGCUGCCAAUCUAGCCCGCGGAACGAGAGGAACAACCCGGUACCGCCCUGUGCAUCACUUUCACCGGCCUAGCGCCGCCGGGGGUCCCUUGGGGGAGGGGUGCACAGGGAACUUUUUAUUUAAGGAAGCUUCGCCCGAGCAUUUUCGUCCUUGGUAUGGUCUUCUCCCCCUCAGGAUGCUUGGGUGGACACACCAACAUGCCGAGCCCAAACGACAAACACCUUUUCAACCCUGUCGAGCUGCCUCAUUGAGCCCAAAUUACGUGUCGGAUAGCCUGGAUAAAGUCUAUGACUCGAGCCCACCUCGGAAGGGGGUAAUCCGGGACCUGGCGGAGCUCCAUCUACCAGACUCAUUCGAACAGAAAGGGCACGCACUCACGUAUUAUUGUUUAAUGACCAUUGGACGUGUCCCGACAAAAGAUUGAGGGCAGUGAAACUUUAGCGCAGUACUGAUUUUGACCUAAUUAGAAGUAUGAGCUGAGCGUUUUGCUACGAUGCCCGAGUGCUCGUGGCUUUUUCCAGGAUACCAUGAUUCCUUUCAAAUUCACAAUGCCACGUUGUCGAACUAACCAAUGUUUGUAUGUUUGAGUUAUCGCGCAUAUUCUCUUAGCGCCAACCUCUAGGUAGCCCCGUAGCCAGCACCAAAAAAAAAAAAAAAACUAAAAAAAAAAA